CCGUGUGUAAAAUGCUGUGUCCUAGGGAAUAUAAUAUGGAAGAACGGCGAAGUUGGACUGGAGCGACCUAGAGUUCUCCUGUUUGACGUCCACGUUUCAACACUAGCUCCUACGUGUUGACAAGCCACGCUCCCACCCGUCCAUGCAUGCUGCAGAGCGGCAGGCUCUAUCGGUGGGAGCGUAUACAGGCAAGUCGGCCGAUCACAGUUCAAGUCACAACUCUCUGUUCGGGAGGUGCGUGAGCUGAGAGAAGAGAGGAGAACAGAAGCCCGCGAUGGAUCUGGUGAACGACAUGCUCAACUGGGUGGCGACGCCCGCCAUGAUUGCUUCCCUCCUGCUCUUCUACCCGCCUUACUACCUCUUCAAGACCUGCUACUCCUUCCUUUCGUAUCUCUUCCCAGAGGAUCUUGCCGGCAAGGUCGUCCUCAUCACUGGUGCCUCCUCCGGCAUCGGCGAGAAUUUGGCCUACCAGUAUGCUACCAAGGGGGCAUCCCUGGUCCUGGUUGCGAGAAGGGAACUGAGCCUCCGACAGGUCGCGGAUCGAGCAUUAGAGAUUGGGGCACCAGAUGUGAUCAUUCUCUCGGGCGAUGUCGCAGACCCUGACGACUGCAACAGAUUUGUUCAGGCCACUGUUGAUCAUUACAGCCGAUUGGACCAUCUCGUAUGCAAUGCUGGCAUUGCAAGCGUGGGUGCCUUUCAGGAGAUUCCUGAUGUUACUAACUACAGCUCGCAGCUAGAUGUGAACUUCUGGGGUGCAGUCCAAUCGACUUCUGCUGCGCUCCCUCACCUGAAAAGGACCCGAGGAAGAAUCGUGGUCACUGCCUCGGCAACUGGAUGGAAUCCUGUUCCCCGAAUGAUCUUCUAUAAUGCUGCCAAUGCUGCACUGAUAAACUUCUUCGAGACUCUGCGAACGGAGCUUGGCAGUGAAGUUGGCAUUACAAUAGUGACGCCUGGGUGGAUCGAGUCAGAGAUGUCAAAAGGGAAAUUUCUAAAGGAGCAUGGAGGAGUGGAGGUUGAUCAAGAAUAUCGUGAUGCUCAAAUUGGUCUCUUCCCCGUGGAGUACGCGAAGAACUGCGCCAGGGCCAUGGUGCAAGCAGCUCGCCAAGGUGACCGGUAUCUAACUGUUCCAGCAUGGUUCAGUACAAUGUACCUGUGGCGGGUGUUUGCACCGGAGGUCGUUGAGUUCUGCUAUCGCCUCGUGUAUAUGCACAGUCAGGGCACCAACCAAACCGAUGUGCCGAGCAGGACGAUGGCUGAGGGUGGCGGGAAACAGCUUCUGUACCCCUCCUCGCUGCGCUCUUCAGACGUCAAAAAUGAAUAAAAAUAAAUAUCCUUAGUUCCUUCGAUGUGGAUGCUAGUGUGCGGCUAGCUGGCCUCUGUAAUCCCCGCCAAAUCACCCUUAGGUUUGCUAGCUAAGCUUAUAAUCUCGAAUAAGCCAGUGUUACUUAGUAGUGCUAUGUUUAAAGGUGCGACUUAGUACUCUAUGUAUGGACUGGUUGGUUCUUAAGAAUAAUGAUAUGCACUUCUCUGGAUAAUGA